AUGCGGUGGACCAAGGCUGCCCAAAUGCGGUUCCAGCAGGCGGUGGAGCAGAGCGGCGGCAUCAUGGCCGCCACUCCACGAGCCAUUCUGGAUGCGCUCACAAUGGAGGGAGUGACGUAUGCCCAGGUUAAGUCCCACUUGCAGCGGUACCGCACCGCCCACAUCGCAGAGCUGCUGGAGCGUGGCGAGGAGGUCGGGGACGCGUCCGAGGCGCAACUGAGCGUAGCGGCACGGCGAGGCCGGCCGGAACUGCCACCGCCGGCAGCGGCGGCGGCAGCGGAGGCGGCACGCAGCCGAGCAGCGGCUCCAGCGGGGCGCAGGGCACUGAAGCUGCAGAGGGCCCUGCGUUGCAGGAAGGCGCACCUGCCGGUGGCACUUUGA